CUGGAGGUCGAGCCCAGCUGCUGCUGUCACUACUGACUCUCCCUCCACUCGCCCAAGGUGGACCUUUCCUUGAGAUGCUGCAGGACUACCUGGCCUUUGAAGGAGAGGAGCCAGAGGGGGGUGAGUCAGACGAGAAAGAGGAUGUGUUGCCAGAAGAAUCGAGAGAAGAACAAGGAUUGGCCGGGGUUUCCGUGCUUGAGUAUCCAGAGCUGGCGGAGAGGCCCCAGGAUGACCCCCAGCCCAGGAGGAAGAAGAGGAGAAAAAGAUCAGUGAUCAACCUUUCCAGCUGCCGGUAUGAGAGCGUGCGGCGAGCUGCCCAACGGGUCGGCCUGCGAGAGGGAGGAGAUCACGAAGAGUGGACUCUCUACUGGACGGACUUCUCGGUCUCCCUGGAUCGGGUGAUGGAGAUGAAAUGCUACCAGAAAAUCAAUCACUUCCCCGGGAUGAGUGAGAUCUGCCGGAAGGACCUGCUGGCCAGGAACAUGAGCCGGAUGCUCAAGCUUUUCCCCAAGGAGUUUCAUUUUUUCCCCAGGACGUGGUGUCUUCCAGCUGACUGGGGGGAUCUCCAGUCCUACAGCAGGUCAAGAAAAUAUAAGACGUACAUCUGUAAGCCAGACUCCAGCUGCCAAGGGCGAGGCAUAUUCAUCACAAGAUCCGUGAAGGACCUGAAACCCGGGGAGGAUCUGAUUUGCCAACUCUAUAUUUCAAAGCCUUUCGUUAUGGAUGGAUUCAAAUUUGACCUGAGGAUUUAUGUGCUGGUAACCUCCUGUGACCCUCUGAGGAUCUUUGUGUACAACGAGGGGCUGGCCCGGUUUGCAACCACAACUUACUCUUAUCCCUGCUUGAGAAACCUGGAUGACAUCUGCAUGCACCUGACCAACUACUCCAUCAACAAACACAGUGCCAACUUCAUCUGGGAUGAAAACUCCGGCAGUAAGAGGAAACUCUCCACCUUCAAAAAGAGCCUGGAGGAGCUCGGCUGUGACACCGUGCAGGUGUGGAAGGAUAUGGAGGACAUCAUCAUUAAGACCCUGAUCUCGGCCCACCCGGUCAUCAAGCACAACUAUCACACCUGCUUCCCCAAUCACACCAUGAGCAGCGCCUGCUUUGAAAUCCUGGGUUUUGACAUCCUUCUGGAUCAUAAACUCAAACCCUGGCUCCUUGAGGUUAAUCACUCCCCGAGUUUCUCUACCGACUCACCCUUAGACAAAGAGGUGAAGGACAGCCUGCUGUACGACACCCUGGUCCUGGCCAACCUGGGGGCUUGCGACAAGAGGAAGGUCUUGGAGGAGGAGAGGCGUCGGGAGAAGCUCUUGCAACAGUUUCGGACCCGAGAUACCAGGCUCGAGGAGUCCGGGAACUGCCAAACGAUGUGGUUGGAGAGAGCGGAGGAAUAUGAGGAGAAAAACGCAGGGGACUUCCGGAAGAUUUACCCCCGGGCCGGCCUGCAGAAAUAUGAGCAGUUUUUCCAGCACAACAACUCGCUCUUCCAGGACACGGUGGCCUCCAGAGCCCGGGAGGAACACGCCCGGCAGCAGCUGCGGGAGCUUCAGCAGAAGCAGGAGAAGAAAGCCGCCCACUUGAAGAAGAGGGCCGAGCCGCAGGGAGAGCUGGUGGGCGAGAGGGGCCGGAGUCAGUGGCAGAAGCAGAUGAAGGCUGUAGCGACCAGGCCCAGCGCCGGACAACUACAGGCAGAAGGGAUGGAAGCCGAGCUGCCGACACCGAUGGAGUUCUUCCCCAUCCCGCGGAGACUUCCUCCCCCAAAGCCCCUGCCCAGAGUGUUCCUUCCAUUCAGCCCAGGGUCAGCUUGCUGUGGCCAUCCUGGGUCCAAGAGCCUGGCAUCCUUCACUGCCCAGUGGACACAGCUACCGCUGCAGCCCUGCGUCCAGGAGAAAGCCAGGCUGCAGGCCCUGGACCGGAGGCCAUCCGGCCUAGUGCCAAGCCUCCGCAAAGCGUGGGGCUUCCUGGACCCGGAGUACAAGGCUCCCAAGGUGUUAGGGCUGCCCCAGCCCUUCCACAUGCUCCCGACUAACUCCCAGCCCCAAAUGGAACAGGGCAACAAGACCCAAAGCACGUCCCUGCCCCAGAGUGCCCUCCCCAGGAGUAGGAGCUGCGUAGACAAGAGGCAGGCCGAGCUGCCCACUUUCCAGCUGCUCGUUCAGAGGCCCAACUCCCACCAAGAGCAUCUGAAGGAGCUGUUGGUAGUCGCCACCCCAGUGCACCUGGAUCAGAGACCUGGCCGGAGCAACGCAGCUCCACCCAGAAACAGUAGGACGGACAGGGUUUGAUCGUGGCCCGGCUGCCCUCCAGCCCCACUGCUCUCUGGAAAACCCCGAUGCAUUCUUCCUGACAUUGCUGUUCUGUGGAGAGAAUCAACUGGAGUUUGGUGUUUCUUUUCAUCCCCCUCUGGCCGGCCCCUCCCCAGCAGGACUGUUACUGUGGGCUUGUCCUAUUUUGGGGUCCUGUUGUGGGGGCAGUCUGAAGGGAAGAGGGAUGGGGCUCUCCUGAUCAGUUACCUUGCCCAAAGCAACCUUCAGUUGCCUGCCGGGCCCAGGAAGGGAGAGAGGUCCCGAGACCCUACAGGAUCUUGUUCUGGCAGGAACCAAGGCGGGGGACUGGCAGGCCGGGUGGGCUGCAGGCAACGUCAAGGCCGGAGGAGGGAUUGAGAUCGACUUCGAUGAUUGGGGACAGCAGGUCUAGAGCCAGACACGAUCUCUGCAGCUCUAGCCUCAGGAAACCUGUCUCCCAGCUGCCAGCCUGAUGACUUCCUCCAGGGCCCAGGCCAGAUGGCUGCCAGUCCUCGGAAGUCUUGAGGCCUUCCCGGGGUCAAGCUGGGCAGCGACCCUAUGCCCCCUCACCUACUUGUAAAUAAACUGAUUUUCUUAUCACUGUG